GGCGGCCAGGCCCGCCGGAGGAAGCAGCCCCCGAGGCCGGCCGACUUCAAGCUGCAGGUCAUCAUCAUCGGCUCCCGCGGCGUGGGCAAGACCAGCCUAAUGGAGCGCUUCACCGACGAUACGUUCUGCGAGGCCUGCAAGUCCACCGUGGGUGUUGACUUUAAAAUCAAGACUGUAGAACUGAGGGGGAAGAAAAUUAGACUACAGAUCUGGGACACCGCAGGACAGGAGAGAUUUAACAGCAUUACCUCAGCCUAUUACAGAAGUGCCAAGGGGAUCAUAUUAGUUUAUGACAUCACCAAGAAAGAGACAUUCGAUGACUUGCCAAAAUGGAUGAAGAUGAUUGAUAAGUAUGCUUCAGAAGACGCUGAGCUUCUGCUGGUUGGAAAUAAGCUGGACUGUGAAGCAGACAGAGAGAUCUCCAAGCAGCAGGGAGAAAAGUUUGCACAGCAGAUAACUGGGAUGCGGUUCUGUGAAGCCAGCGCCAAGGACAAUUUCAACGUGGAUGAGAUAUUUCUGAAACUCGUUGAUGACAUUCUGAAAAAGAUGCCUCUUGAUAUUUUGAGAAACGAGUUAUCCAAUAGCAUCCUCUCUCUACAACCAGAGCCUGAGAUCCCACCAGAGCUGCCUCCACCUAGACCCCAUGUCCGAUGCUGUUGAGUUGCUGCUUUGGAGACAGAGUGCAAACGAUUCCUAGAAGGGGGAAACCAUUCUGUUCUGCACUACAAUCAUGUGACAAUUUCCUUUCGCACUUUGUAACCCGAGUCAGCUGUAUACACUAACUUGUAAAUAUGCAAAUACGCAAUCCCGGGUAAGGUUGGGUUCUAAGUUACACACUUCCCUUCAGAUUAUAUCUCCUCCGUACCCCAGUGUGUAGCGUCCAUACACUGGGAGGCGUAGUACUUCAAAUAUGAAGAAUGGGAGAGAAGAAAAGUGCGGUGUCUCUUGAGUACCAUAAAUGUCCGUGGGUAAUUACACUACGAGGCAGAUCCUCCGGUGAGAAGAGAGGACCUGGUGCUUCGCUUUCCGUUUCAAAGAAAAAUCUACAAAACUGAAGAUUUUUGAAAAAGAAGAUAUGACAACUGCUUUUUCUUUAUUUCCGAGGCUUUCCCAGCCGUAGCAUCUUGAGGUUUGGAGUGUCUCUGCCCCAGAGCAAAGCUCCUCCUCAGCCACAGAGUUAUCUGUCGGGCUAUGUGGUGAGAGGCUUUUCCUAGGCGGAGGGCUGGAUGGGACUGGGUCCCGUGGCUGCAUAGUCUAGGGAUUUCCAUUGGCCAUGACCUAAGCAAUUAAGAACAACAAAGAUUCAAUAGAGAAAAGACUGUUGGACGGGGAUUGUAUCUCAGUGCUGAGUAUUUGCCUAACACUCAUGAGGCCCAGGCUUCAAUCCCCAGCACAAGGGGGAAAGAAGGAUAAAGAAAAGUAGAGAAGACAAGUGUUUGAAACUAUAGAAAAGAUUUUAAAACCACACUGCUGUCCUACACAAAUCCUGUUUAUAGGGAUUUUAAGAGUUACAUUUUACUAUAUGGAAGAAUACACAUGUGUUUGCCUAAACAUCCUGUAUCUUUGUAAUGAUGAACUUCUCCCGUCGACGGUGAAGCCUAUUCCGAUUAAGCCUAGACUGUGUUCAAGUUUUCUCGUUUUUAUUUUGUUUUGUUUUGGUUUUUUUUCUUUUUUGGUCUGAUAGGGAAUUUGUGAACGCUAUCUUUGGUAUAUCUUUUAUUAAGCUGCACUGUUUUGUUUAGUCAAGGUAAAUAAGUAAGUAUUUGAAUAACUUGGCGUGUCCUGAGUGUUGUGGUAUGAGAAGCAUCGUGGUCUUUCUACACUAAUGAAGUGCAAAUAAAAUUUUGUAUUUAUGAACGACAGUCGAA